GGGCCGUGCUGCAGGGCAGUCUGUUUGGAAUGGCUGGUUUACUUCCAGCUUCGUAUACGACUCCGAUCAUGAGCGGUCAGGGACUCGCUGGAACCUUCGCUGCCCUCGCUAUGAUCUGUGCCAUCGCAAGUGGAUCUGAACUUCAUGACGCAGCAUUCGGUUAUUUCAUCACCGCCUGUGUCGUCAUUUCUGUUUCACUCCUGUCAUACGUCCUGCUGCCGAAACUGGAGUUUUUCCAGUUUUAUCAAGAAAAAAACAAGAAACAGAGAAAAGACGACGAGAACUCAGUGAAUCUGAUGAAUGAAGACAGGAAACAGGAAGCAGCUUCUGAAACUCAAAACAUCUCCAUGGUGAAAAUAUUUAAAAAGCUCUGGCGGUUGGCUCUCUCCGUCUGUUUCACCUUCACCGUCACCAUCGGCACUUUUCCCGCCAUCACGGCCGACACCAAAUCCACGCUAGGCUCCUGGGACCUGUACUUCAUACCUGUCAGCUGUUUCCUGCUCUUUAACCUGUGUGACUGGAGUGGGAGGAGCUUAACAGCUGUCUACAUGUGGCCUAACAAGGACAGCAUGUUACUUCCUGUGUUGAUUGUGUGUCGCGUGGUCUUCGUGCCGCUCUUCAUGCUGUGUAACGUUGAGCCUCGUCUCCACCUGCCCGUCUUCUUCCACCAUGACGGCUUCUUCAUCGUCUUCAUGAUCCUCUUCGCCUUCAGUAACGGAUACCUCGCCAGUCUCUGCAUGUGCUACGGCCCGAAGUGUCCCACCACAGGUGUCCCACCACAGGUGUCCACUCUACAGUCACCAGGACAAAGACAAUGAUUCAAAUCACACAACAGUUAAGUAGGGAACACCAGAACCUCCUACAGGGGGAUGAACAGGUUAGUGUAGCUGUGGUUAGUGUGGUUAGUGUAGUUGUGGUUAGUGUAGUUGUGGUU